ACCUCGCACACCACACACCCCUCCACCUCCCACACAGGAUGAUGGCAUCAGACAUGCGACGGAGACAGCAUUGGGCAAGUCGAUUCAUCCAUGGAGACGCCCGACCCACACUCGACGACGUCGAGUACACGUACAAUGAGGACGUUCUGCUCGUCCGUGAGCUCGACUGCUCGGGAGGCGAUGGUGGCCCGACGAGGCAAUCAUGGCCAGCCUUUGUCAACGACUACGUCGAGCAUCACAAGGAGUUCCCUCAUCUAUAUCCGCGCACACUUCCGCUUCCCUUUCACGUUACUCGCCGUCUCAUCGAGCUCAAACUGCCGGCGCCUGGCAAGCCUCCGUCGGCGAGGUACAGGCUCAUCAAGAAGGAUCUCGAACUGACUCGCAGCGCACUUGGCAUUUCGCCCAGAGGCAGCAACGGCGAGACUGGCUCGAGCAGGGCUGCAGGCGACGGCUUGAUCUCCGGGAGUGAUGACGACGAUGGCGACGGCGGCGACGGCGGUCGGGGUCGAGGCAGCGGCGGGAGCGGCGGCGAUCCGCAGAACGUGGCUCGGUCUCUGGCAGACGCAUCGCCGGUCAUCGCCGACGUGGUCGACGGCUUUGUGCCGAGCCCGGAGAUGCAUGUGCCGCAACUGCAGUUCUCGGACCGCGGCGUCGUGUAUGAUGACGCCGACUCUUUUGACAUGUUUGCGCCGCAGACCUUUGCACGGUUUGUGCUGUGGGCGGAAAACCCGCGGAUUCUGAAGGAGGAGAAGGCGCUGACGAGCGAGCUGGAAGACAUUGCCGCCGAGUUUAACGGCCUCAAGAGCGAUCUGCGGUCUGAGCAUGAGGCCGCGCGCGACUUUCGUCGCGCAGAGAUCCUCAAGCUGCGGGCUCGCGAAGAGAAGCGUGUCCGAGCGGUGAUGGACGCCCAGUUUGAGGCCGAUGUCCGGGCGCUGCGUGUCCAGCACGAGGCGCACGUUCGUCUCGAGCUCUCCAAGCUGACCUUCAAGUACGAGGCCGUGCUCGCCGAAAUCGACGCCUUUCACGAGGCGCAGCGCGAGCAGUGCCUCAAGGUUGCUGACGAGCUCGCGCACGCCCAGUUUGCCAAGCUCGAGAAGCGAGUCGACGAGGUCCGGUCGGCAACCGACCGCAUCUUUGACCCGUCGAGCCUGCUCCCGCUCACCCUCCUCGCCGAACAUCUCCGCGCCGAAGAGCUCAAGCUCGACUGCGUCACAGUGAUGGCGGCCAACUGGCGCAAGUAUGCACACGCGCCCGAGCUCGCCUCGCCGCACCUCCGCGACGACACCCGAUGCAAGAUCCUGGCCGCGCUGGAAGACGACGCGCUACUGGGCACGCUUGCGGUCGCCGACGUCGACGACGCCUGGAACUCGGUGCCUGGCCUUGCGCAUCACCAUCGCGACGUGGUGACGGGCGCGGGCCGGGCAAUUGCGGUUGCCAAACGGUACACCAAGCGGACCACUCUCGACGUGGCACUCCUGCUCCGCGAGUUCAAGUACCGCGUGCUCCGGAUCGCGCAAGAGCUUGCAAGCAUUCCGCUGCUCAAGCUCAAGAAGAUUCAGGCCGAGGCCGCGGGCUCGCGGACCGCCAACGAGUACGGCCCGUGGCUGGAGCUCAUCGGCCACGAGCUGGAGAAGCGACAGCGCUCAAACCCGACCUUGACCCUCAAGCGCGGCGUCUGCUCUGCCGCCGCGCACGUGAACGGCCUGGUGGCCAAGCCGCGCCAGCCGCUGCUGUACGUGCUUGUGCACGCCGCGACUGCGCCACGGACCGAGUCCCAGUACGGCGCGUGCUACUUUGAGGCCACAGUCCUCGCCGCGCCGCACGACCCGGCGCUGGGCACGGUGGCGCUCGGCCUCGACGUGCCGCGGUCAGUGGUGGAGGAUGUGGUGCCAGGCAUCACGCCCGAGCCGACGUUUGUGGCGCUCAACAACGAGCACGUCGCCGCCGGCGAAGACGCACUCGCGUCAGAGCCGUACGGCUUUGUCUGGCAGUCGGACGGUUACAUCCACGCCGGCGGAACGUCGCACUUUGUGGGCGUUGGCUUCCGCGAGGCCGACGUCAUCGGCGUCGGCCUCGACCAAGGUGAGCGACAGAUCCACUUUUACAAGAACGGCGAGUCGCUCUUCUCGCUCCUGGCCGACGAUUCAGUCCUCCCGCGGCUCAGGAUCGAGACUGCGGGGUACUCGCUGGUGCCGGCUGUCUCGUUCUACGCGGCGCUCGAUCCGGACGCGGUCGAGGUCGAGUUCAACUUUGCCGGCCCGUUUGACGCCGAGCUCCCUGCCCACUUUGGCCCGAUGUCGUCCGGCGCGUCGACGCUGUGAGGCGUCACAGACUGCUGCCGCUGCCAAAGACGUCGUCGAGCGCGCCGGUUACGAGCGACGGCGAGGCGGUCGAGAACAUGGUCGUUGGAUACACCGCGGUGCCCCAUUCGGGGUGUGACAGCAUGGUGCACGGUCCAGAGAUGACCGUCGGGUAGCGGAGGAGUGUCAGCGUGUGCGUCACGUCCGCAUACGUCGACGGCCCGGGCUGCGAUCGCUGUGGAAUGCCCGACGCGGGGUCGGUAAAGUCAAAGACGUACGGC